CCCCCCCUUCUGGAGCGGUUGUGCGAUCAGAUCCAUCUAAGAUGGCGACUGUCGAACCGGAAACCACUCCUACUCCUAAUCCCCCGGCUACAGAAGAGGAAAAACCAGAAUCUAAUCAGGAGGUCGCUAAUCCAGAACACUAUAUUAAACAUCCUCUGCAGAACAGAUGGGCACUCUGGUUUUUUAAAAAUGAUAAAAGCAAAACUUGGCAAGCAAACCUACGGCUGAUCUCUAAGUUUGAUACCGUUGAAGACUUUUGGCCUCUGUACAACCAUAUCCAGUUGUCUAGUAAUUUAAUGCCUGGCUGUGACUACUCACUUUUUAAGGAUGGUAUUGAGCCUAUGUGGGAAGAUGAGAAAAACAAACGGGGAGGACGAUGGCUAAUUACAUUGAACAAACAGCAGAGACGAAGUGACCUCGAUCGCUUUUGGCUAGAGACACUGCUGUGCCUUACUGGAGAAUCUUUUGAUGACUACAGUGACGAUGUAUGUGGCGCUGUUGUUAAUGUUAGAGCUAAAGGAGAUAAGAUAGCAAUAUGGACUACUGAAUGUGAAAACAGAGAAGCUGUUACACAUAUAGGGAGGGUAUACAAGGAAAGGUUAGGACUUCCUCCAAAGAUAGUGAUUGGUUAUCAGUCCCACGCAGACACAGCUACUAAGAGCGGCUCCACCACUAAAAAUAGGUUUGUUGUUUAAGAAGACACCUUCUGAAUAUUCUCAUAGGAGACUGCGUCAAGCAAUCGAGAUUUGGGAACUGAACCAAAGCCUCUUCCAAAAGCAGAGUGGACUGCAUUUAAAUUUGAUUUCCAUCUAAAUGUUGCUGAGAUAUAAGAGAAGUCUCAUUUGCCUUUGUCUUGUACUUCUGUGUUCAUAUAUAUAUAUAUAUAUUUUUUUUUGGCUAGAGUGUCCACUAUCCCAAUCAAAGAAUUACAGUGCACACCCCCAGAAUCCAUAAGUGUGUUCCUGGCCCACUCUGUAAUAGUUCAGUAGAAUUACCAUUAAUUACAUACACAUUUUACCUAUCCACAAUAUUCAAAAAACAACUUGGCAUUUCUCUACUUUACAGGAAAAAAAUUCUGUUGAUGUUCUAUUGUAUGCAGGAGCAUAUUUUGCUGGUUUGAAAGAUUAUGAUGCAUACAGUUUUCUAGCAAUUUUCUUUGUUUCUUUUUACAGCAUUGUCUUUGCUGUACUCUUGCUGAUGGCUGCUAGAUUUUAAUUUAUUUGUUUCCCUACUUGAUAAUAUUAGUGAUUCUGAUUUCAGCUUUUCAUUUGUUUUGCUUUUGUUUUUUUUCCUCAUGUAACAUUGGUGAAGGAUCCAGGAAUAUGACACAAAGGUGGAAUAAACAUUAAUUUUGUGCAUUCUUUGGUAAUUUUUUUGUUUUUUUUUUGUAACUACAAAGCUUUGCUACAAAUUUAUGCAUUUCAUUCAAAUCAGUGAUCUAUGUUUGUGUGAUUUCCUAAACAUAAUUGUGGAUUAUAAAAAAUGUAACAUCAUAAUUACAUUCCUAACUAGAAUUAGUAUGUCUGCUUUUGUAUCUUUAUGCUGUAUUUUAACACUUUGUAUUACUUAGGUUAUUUUGCUUUGGUUAAAAAUGGCUCAAGUAGAAAAGCAGUCCCAUUCAUAUUAAGACAGUGUACAAAACUGUAAAUAAAAUGUGUACAGUGAAUUGUCUUUUAGACAACUAGAUUUGUCCUUUUAUUUCUCCAUCUCUAUAGAAGGAAUUUGUACUUAUUGCAGGGCAGUCUCUGUAUUGUGUCUUCUUUUGUGGUGUCUUCCAUGUGAACAGCAUAAGUUUGGAGCACUAGUUUGCUUAUUAUGUUUAUUACAAUUUUUAAUAAAUUGAAUAGGUAGUAUCAUAUAUAUGGAAUUAA